UUUUGAGGUUAGCACAUGGCCAAUCAGAUUCCCUAGGCCCUAGUUUAACUGUACUAUGUACAAUUCUCCACAGAAACAAUGGCUAAAUUUUGUACUUUCUAGAUCUUGACUGUUAUGAUCUAUCCCUAAUUUCCUGGCUGGUUCUGAAUCCCCUUGUAUCACCAAGGAGAUUAGAGAUUGCAAUACUACUUCCAGAGAGGAACCAUGGCAGAGGGUAGUUCUAGUACUCUGUGUCGAAGAUGGUCCCUCAAAGGAAUGACUGCUCUUGUCACCGGUGCAACCAAAGGAAUUGGGCAUGCCAUUGUAGAGGAAUUGGCUGGGCUAGGUGCAACAAUUCAUAUUUGUGCCCGAACCAAAAGCGACAUCGAUGAGUGCUUGAAAAACUGGGAGGCAAAAGGUUAUCAAGUCACUGGGUCAGUUUGUGAUGUUUCUGUCCCAGCUGACCGUGAGGAAUUGAUGAAAACAGUUUCUACUGUUUUUGGUGGAAAGCUCAACAUCCUUGUAAACAAUGCUGGUUUAUACAUAUUUAAAAACACCUUGGACUUCACUGCUGAGGAUCACUCAAAAGUCAUGACAACAACCUUCGAAUCUGCGUAUCAUAUCUCAACACUUGCGCACCCUCUCUUGAAAGCAUCUGGUUCAGGAAAUAUUGUUUUCAUUUCCUCUGUUGCUGGAAUCGUUGCUUUACCUAUGUUAUGCAAUUAUUCAGCUUGUAAAGGAGCAAUAAAUCAAAUUACCAAGAACUUCGCCUGUGAAUGGGCCAAAGACAAGAUUCGUGUCAAUUCCGUCGCACCAUGGCUCACCAGAACUCCACCUAUCGAACAGUUACUGCAAGACAAGGAGUAUGUAGCCAGCGUCAUUGCACGAACCCCGAUCCGUCGCAUAGGAGAACCAGAGGAUGUUUCAUCUCUGGUUGCAUUCCUAUGCCUCCCAGCUGCUUCUUACCUCACUGGCCAAGUUAUUUGUGUAGAUGGCGGAUUUUCAGUCAACGGUUUUCAUCCAUUACAUGACUAGUAGCAGUGAGAAAUUCGAUAUUCCUAUAUUUCAGUAUUUGGUACACCGUACACUACAAUGUUAUUUGUAAUUGUCCCGAUAAAUGAAUCUAGUUCCUUCAUUGCAGUAUAUAGGUGUGCCGAGUAUGUGUGGUGCAGUGAACUGUUUACCA